UGUCAAGCGUAGCGUUCAUCAGACCGAGGUGUAACUGGGAUUUGAGCCGCUUCUGCGUAAGCGAAUAUCCCUUCGUGGCCAUGUUUCGGGGUGCUUUUGCUGAUUUUGAGGACGAUCCGUUCUUCAGGGAACACCACCAGAGAAUGUCAACUCUCAUGGGUGGAUUCAAUGACCCAUUUUUGAGGUUUCAUCAACGCUCUGGCCUCCCUUCUGCUCUUCCUGCCCCUGGUGUUGGAGGGCAACAUCACAGGUCAAGUCUAAGAAAUCAGCAGGUGGCCACAAGAGAUAUGUUUGGCGGCGGCAUGUUUGGUGACAUGUUUGCAAGCAUGAACACCAUGAUGGCUAACAUGCAGAGGAAUUUUGAACAAAUGGCUAGUAACCCAAACACAUACAGCUACUCAUCCUCAAGUGUUAUGUCAUAUUCUAAUGAUGGACGAGGGGAACCUAAAGUCUUCCAAGCGACCAAGUCCACUAAGAGAGCUCCUGGAGGGGUAAAAGAGACUCAGCACACACUUCGAGAUUCUGAAUCAGGAUUGCAUCGCAUGGCAAUUGGUCAUCAUCUGGGAGAUCGUUCUCAUGUCAUUGAGCGAUCAUUGAACAGGAGAACAGGUGAUGAAGACAGAAAGCAGAACUUUAUCAAUCUGGACGAAAGUGAUGCUGCAGCUUUUGACCAGGAAUGGAAGCAACGAACCAAGCUGCCCUCCCAUUCUUUGAGAGACGGACAGAGAACCACACUCAGAGGAUUGGAAGAACCCAGAGCGAGACCCUCUCACCACAGCCGCCAUGCUGAAGCCGCUGCACCUUUUAUGAGAGACACAGGGGCCUUACGAGAGAGGGACAGGCUGAGGGUUAAUGGUGAAGGGGCAGGGACACACAGGGAGAUGGAGAAUAGGUACCGGGACCACAGAGGUGGACGAGAUAAGGACUGGGGAUCAGGAGAUUUUGAUGAAGAGAAAUCUCACCGGGAUAGGAGGGAACAUGCGAAGCAUGUGCGACUGAACAGCCGUCCUGUGAACAGACAUGAACCACGCGGAGGGCUUUGAAGUUUUGAUCAGUUAAGUAUCGGUCUUGUACUGAAAGUUUUGAAAGUGUAUCUGGAAGAGUUCUAAUCUGGGCUAAACGGAGAACAUUUUUUCAGCCGCAUCUCAGCAUCUAGUACAAAGCUAACAGUAAAUUACAAAACUAAAAUGUGUCGGAAAUUGUUUGAUUUAAAUUAGGAUCAAAGUUGAAAUACCGGAUGAGUUAGUUUUUCUUAGAUUUCAGUGUUAUUUAUAAGAGCUUUUCUGAAGCAAAAUAAAGUAAACUUGUAAGGACUUGUCAACUCUCUUUACUUCAGCAAGAAUUUUACAGUCAGGAGUGAAAACAUGGUGAUGGACUAGCGAGACUUUAGCUGUUGUGCUUUCAAACUUAGUGUGGUGUUAUUGAAUAAAGUUUUGGAUUUGAGCGAA